GGCCCGUGCAUCCUGCAUCAAAUCGUUCCAGGCCCCGUGACACGUACGCAACCAUGAGCCCACAAGUUGGUCAGUUGAGAUGAUCUCCAUUCACCAUACACCUCACAAUGGCAACUACUUCUGACGAAGACAGGGCGGUGCAGCUUGUGGAGAGGGCAAAUGAGAGCACCAAGUCUGGCGAAUUAGCUGUUGCAGCUCGGUACCUGCGUGAGGCUAGUACGAUUGCGCCUGAGCAUCCACGCAUCAAGGAAGCAUGGGUUGCGCUGAAGGAAGAGGAAGACAAGAGCGAAUUGCUGGGUUACUGUCGAGCUUGGGUGAGGAGCAAGGAUGAACACGAUGGAGAAAAGGCACUCAAGGCGAUAAAAACACAUGGCUUGAAGCAGAAAGAAGCAGAACAAGCGAUGGAUAUUUUGUUUGACUUCAAGGGCGAAGAUGAUGUAUUGGAUCAGGUCUCGGGUGAGCUACUGAAGAAUCCGGGAGCACAGAUGUGGCUUGCGAGAGCCGUCCGGGAGCAGCCGACGCGGAUUUACUACGAAAUGUUCGAGCGGGGUGACGACUCUAUCGACGGCUUGCUCAAGGUCUUGCUCAACCGAGCGAUUUGGCCCGACGAUGAAUCGUUCAAGCAAGGUCAUCGAGACAUGUUCAUGCUCAGUCUAGCCAUGAUGAUGGAGGAGGCGCUCGAGCACCCAGAACGUGCGAUGAAAGGCAUUGCGCAGCUGCUCGCUCAUUAUGCAGAGCAUCUCAAGGGUAUCAUCGAUGCGGAUAGCUUCGACGUGAUUCUCACCUCACUGGAUAUCCGACUACCUGCCAGCCUACGCAGUCAAGCUACCCUCGCAAGUAUCAAGCUAUUCGAACUUGCACCAGAAACUGCCAGCGAGUUGAUUUCAAAGUUUGUUGCGGCUCGGACCAAGAAGGGAGAAGCGAACGACCUCGUUAUCGCGUUUUCAGCGGCUGCAGCCAUCUUCCCAGUCGCUGUCACGCCAGCAGCUGCAUUGUUCCUUACAGAGGGCUUCGUCAGCACAUUGGUGCCUAGGGUCCAGAGCAAGAAGUCGCACAACCUCGAACAAGCGACUCUAGAACUUAUCAGCGCUGCAUGCGUGGAUAAGAAUUGCCGAGAGGCGAUCAGCAAGCACUGCAGAGAAUGGCUGGAGGACGUGGUUGCAGAAAGUCAGAAUAAGAAGCGGGCUAACCUAGCCGCGCUCAUACUCGUCAAGCUGGGCGAGGAGCAGCCGUCUGAGGAUGCGCCAAGGAUUGUCAGGGCGGAGAAAGUAGACCAGAGUGAUCUGAUCGCUAGCUUCAAGUCAAUGGUCAUAGGCGGCGACACAUCUUCAAAGCAGGAUUCUGUCGAGGGUCUAGCAUAUGCUUCUCUUCAACCCAAAGUACGAGAGGAUCUUUCCAAAUCGCCCAAGUUCCUCAAACGCCUCAUCGAAACCAUGAGUGAUCCUUCAUCACCAAAGAACAUCGUAUUUGGCGGUCUCACCAUUUUCGUCAACAUCACACAAUACCUCCCUUUGCAAUCGGAAGAGGAGAAGCGCAUGGCACAACUAAAAGCCUACGCCAAUGUCCAGAAGCCAUCCGCACCACACGUCCUACUCAAUGACGAAGACGUCGCUAUACGAUGCAAACGCAUUCUCGAAGCCGGGGUUGUCCCCCUCCUCGUCCACGUCUGCAAAAAGGGCUCUCCAUCGAUCCUUACACAGAGCAGUCUGAUACUCCUCUCGCUUUCGAAAGAGACCAAGUCCCGAGGUCUGAUGGCCCAGCAGGGCGCGGUCAAACUGCUCAUCCAGAUCUGGGACCACAUAUCCUCCACCAACGAUCUUUCAACCACAGGCACAACGCCUUUCCCACCAGCCGCCUUGCCCACGACCGCACAAGCACUCUCCCGACUUUUGAUCAGCAUAAACCCUUCCCAUGUCUUCAAUGCCGCGCUACCAACCACAUCAGCCAUCCGCCCGCUCCUCAGCCAACUACAGCGAACAGAUUCGAGCACAUGGCAACUACACGCAUUUGAAUCGCUGCUCGCGCUCACAAACCUCGCGAGUUUGGACCGGAAUACACAAGACCAUAUUAUACGCCAGUCUUUCGAUACUGUUGUCGAUGAUCUACUACUCAGUGCCAAUACUAUGAUACGACGUGCGGCAACGGAACUCAUAUGCAAUCUCAUGGCUUCACCAGUAUGUAUUGGGAACUUCGCUGACGGAAGCCCCCGCGCGAAACAUCGCUUGCACCUUCUGCUCGCCAUGACAGAUGUUGAUGACGCUGCUACGCGUUCAGCGGCUGGUGGCGCACUGGCUAUGCUGCUGAGUGUUGAUAUCGCUGUGCUGGAGUUUUUGCAGCAGAAGAAGAGUGUCGAGUGGCUGGUAGGGCUGUGCAAAGAUGAUGAUGAGGGGAUCAGGUAUCGGGGGAUCGUUUGUUUGAGGAGUGUAGUGGAUGUGCCUCAGGGGGUGGAAAAGUGUAAGGCAGAGGGUGUGAUAGAGGAUUUGAAGGAAGUGCUGAAGGGGACGAGAAGUCCAGACGUGCUUGGAGCGGGGGUGGAGACGUUGAAAAUAUUGAUGGGUCAGUAGCACUGCACUUGAAACCACAUUGAUCCAUGGUGUCAUGGUUUGCUGCCAGGGCACACGCAGAUGCACUAUGUACAAUACCACCAAUGAUUACACAGAUAAAAAGGUGGCCAAGGACGUACCUUGCAGACAGGUCGACUGUGGCGCGCUCUCCUCUUCUUUCGAUACAUAUCGUUACCAGAUCUGCUAUUAUCAGGGAGACAAUCUUUGACAGUUUGGACGUACAUGCGUAUGCGAAGCAAUAUCGUGCAUUCGUAAUUGACGUGUGGCGGCGGCAAUGGUACUUCAAGACAGACAGUUACAACGA